AUGGCGGACGUCGAGAUGCCUGAUGCUGGUUCUUCAGCUCCAGCAAAGCCAAAGGGUGUCGUCAGAUCAGCAAAGUCUGGAGCAGACACUGGCUCCGAUGGCAAGAAGAGAUUUGAGGUCAAGAAGUGGAACGCUGUAUCUCUGUGGGCUUGGGAUAUUGUCGUCGACAACUGUGCCAUAUGCAGAAACCAUAUCAUGGAUUUAUGUAUCGAAUGUCAGGCCAACCAAGCUUCAGCUACGAGCGAAGAGUGCACAGUUGCGUGGGGAAUCUGCAAUCAUGCCUUCCACUUCCACUGCAUCUCACGCUGGCUGAAGACACGACAAGUCUGCCCCUUGGACAACCGAGACUGGGAAUUCCAGAAAUACGGCCGAUGA